AUGAAGACGGAUUUCAAGGUGAGCAGACUCUGCGCCGUCACUGCCUGUAGUAGCUUGCUGAUUUCACGCCAGUUUUCAAAUCUUCUCGGGACCGUCUAUCGCAAAGGGAAUCUCUUGUUCACUCCCGACGGCUCCUGUCUGCUCUCUCCGGUCGGGAACCGAGUCUCUGUCUUUGACCUGGUCCAACUUAGAAACACCUCCUAUACCCUCCCGUUCGCACACCGGACAAAUAUUGCCCGCAUUGAUUUAUCUCCCAGAGGCAACCUCCUGCUCUCAAUCGACGAGAAUGGCAGAGCUAUAUUGACCAAUUUCCCGCGACGACUGCCCAUCCAUUAUUUUACGUUCAAAUCCGCUGUCAGCGCGCUCUCGUUUUCACCCUCUGGUCGUCAUUUUGCCGUGGGGGUCGGCCGGAGGCUGCAGAUAUGGUGCACACCGUCUACUCCAGGCUCUGGCACCAGCGGUGAGCUAGAGUUUGCUCCUUUUGUGCUUCACCGAGAUCUAGCCGGCCAUUUCGACACAAUACAAAACAUUCAUUGGUCCAGCGAUUCAAGAUUCUUGUUGACUGCUUCGAAAGAUCUAACUGCGAGGAUAUGGAGUGUGGAUCCGGAGGAGGGAUUUGAACCAACAACUUUGGCUGGACACCGUGAUGGGGUUAUUAAUGCCUGGUUUUCCCAUGACCAGGAGUCUAUAUAUACCAUUAGCAAGGACGGUGCUCUGUUCCGCUGGGGUUAUGUAUCGAGAAUGAAAGAGGAUGGUAGCAGUACUGACGAGCGGUGGAGAAUUGUCAAAAAGGAUUACUUUUUGCAAAGCGGCUCCAAAGUAAACUGUGCUGCUUUCCACGCAAAAGCUAACAUUCUAGUUGUUGGUUUCUCCAAUGGAAUAUUUGGCCUAUGGGAAAUGCCUAGCUUCAGCCAACUCCACUUAUUAAGUGUCUCUCAAAGCAACAUUGAUUGCGUUACUAUCAAUAGCUCCAGCGAAUGGCUCGCGUUUGGCUCGUCAAAACUCGGUCAGCUGCUUGUAUGGGAGUGGCAAUCAGAGUCUUAUAUUUUGAAACAACAGGGCCAUCUAGAUUCCAUGAAUGCCCUGGUUUACUCCCCUGACGGCCGAAAGAUCAUUACUGCGGCUGACGAUGGCAAAAUUAAGGUCUGGGAUAUCAAAACUGGAUUUUGCAUUGUUACUUUCACCGAACAUAAGAGUGGUGUUACAGCAUGUGAAUUCACGAAACGUGGAAAUGUGCUCUUCACAGCGUCCCUGGACGGUUCAGUACGAGCAUGGGAUCUUGUACGAUAUAGGAAUUUCAAGACCUUUACUGCCCCUUCACGGUUAUCCUUUUCUUCCUUGGCAGUCGACCCAAGUGGUGAAAUUGUAUGCGCCGGAUCCUUGGACUCAUUCGACAUUCAUAUUUGGUCUGUACAGACUGGUCAGCUCCUCGAUCAACUAUCGGGGCAUGAAGGACCAGUAUCGUCAUUAUCCUUCUCGGCAGAUGGAAGCCAUGUUGUCAGCGCCAGCUGGGAUCGUACAGUCAGGAUAUGGAGUAUUUUUGGGAGGAGCCAGACCAGUGAACCGCUACAGCUACAGUCAGACGUCCUAUGUGUAGCGUUCAGACCAGAUGGAAAGCAGAUUGCAGCGUCGACACUUGAUGGUCAGUUAACGUUCUGGUCCGUCGAAGAUGCUGUACAGCAGUCGGGUAUUGAUGGUCGCCGCGACGUGUCUGGUGGCAGAAAGAUAACCGACAGACGCACCGCCGCAAAUUCUGCUGGCACAAAAUCAUUUUCAACUAUAACCUACAGCGGCGACGGUACAUGUCUCUUAGCUGGUGGGAACAGUAAAUAUAUCUGCCUCUACGACGUUGGCACAAGUUCUUUGAUCAGAAAAUUCACAGUGUCACUCAACACAUCAUUGGAUGGAACUCAAGAGUUUCUAAACAGUCGAAACAUGACCGAAGCCGGACCUCAGGGGUUAAUUGACGAAACUGGCGAGGCAUCUGACAUUGAGGACCGAAAAGAUAAGACAUUACCAGGGGCUCGUCGUGGAGAUGAUGGAGCGAGAACAACUCGCCCUGAAGUCCGCGUCACAUCGGUAUCAUUUUCACCCACUGGGAGAUCAUUCUGCGCCGCUUCGACGGAGGGUCUGCUGAUAUAUAGCCUUGACGAUGACGUGGUCUUCGAUCCGUUCGACCUGGAUAUUUCUAUUACACCAGACAGUAUCAUGGCCACUGUUGCAGCAGCUAAGAAGGCGGCUUUAUCCCAACCCUCCGACUUUUCAUCAGAAACUACCACAUCUGACUCUUCAUUCCUCAAAGCCAUCAUCAUGGCAUUCCGCCUCAAUGAAUCAGAGCUCAUCAGAACAGUUUACGAAUCUAUACCUCCUUCUGAGAUACCCCAUAUUGUCCGUUCAAUUCCCACAGUAUAUGUAACCCGUCUACUCCGUUUCGUUGCCAAUGCAGCCGAUGAAACUCCCCAUUUGGAAUUCAACUUACUUUGGAUUCAAGCAUUGUUAAGCAUAAGAGGACGCUACAUUAAGAAUAACGCAGCCUCUUUUGCUGCUGAGCUAAGAUCUGUUCAGCGAGCCAUUGAUGGCAUUCGAAAUGACUUGAAAAGACUUGCAGAAAAGAACUCAUAUACUUUGGAAUACUUUCUUUCAAAGCCCGCCUAUGCACCCGGAGCCAAGAACAUUACUUCUAACGAAUCGAACAGGUUGCUUCUGGAGAAUCCUAAGGAAGAAAACACUUCCAUGGAAGAGCAGGGUGAAGAGGAAGCUAAUGAUAGUGAUGGGGAUUGGAUCGGAUUGGAAUAA